UAUAUUUGUGAAGUGCGCUGCAAACAAGCGUGGUGAAAAUAUUCUAUGCUUCAAGAUGAUGGAGACUCAGCAUUAUUGGGAAGAGAAUUCUGCGCAUUCUAUGCAAGUCAAAUAUGAAAAUCUCGAUGGAAGAUCGUGUAAGGACGAGAUUUAUAGAAUGGGCCUUGGGAACGGUUACUGCGAAGGAAACUUGAACUUUGCCACCGCCUCCGAGGACGAUGAAGUUUACACAAAGAAAAAGGUCUCCAGACAAGAUCCAAUGUCUCACAGGAUCAUCGAGAAGCGUAGAAGGGAUCGUAUGAACAAUUGUUUAGCCGAUCUCAGUCGUCUCAUACCUGCAGAGUACCUUAAAAAGGGACGAGGCAGAGUUGAGAAAACUGAAAUCAUCGAGAUGGCCAUCAGACACAUGAAAUAUCUGCAGGGCGUAAGACAAGACGUCAGACAUCCGGCUGUAGCCACGGUCCAUUCGCACACCGACGACAGCGUCGACAGCGUUUCGCACUCGGCGUCGACUUCCUCGGCAGCGGACCACUACAGACUGGGCUUCCAGGAGUGUCUGAGCGAAACGAUGCACUUCCUGGUGGACGUCGAGGGUUUCUUCGCGAGAGAUUCCCUCUGCGUUCAGCUGAUAAGCCACCUGCAACAGCAUUGCGACAAAAUGUUGGCAGCAAGUGACAGACUGGGCCUUCCGCACCCGGAAAUGCCGGCCUCAAACGGCACCGGAAACGGUGUUUUCCUUCACACGAGCAUCCCGGCAAGCUGUCCUCCCAACAGCCACUCGGAUCAGGGUUCAAGUUCGGGGGUGAGUUCCCUCGGGGAUCCGGAGCGUCCGUUGCGGCCGAUAAUUCCGGGCCCGACGAUCGUCAGCGACGACAGUAACCACAGCACCCAUUCUCACAGCAACGCGUUACCGGCGGUAUCGAGGCCGACGAAUUACAAGUUCAAGAGUUCGAUAAAGCAGCGAUUCUCCGCGGAGAGGGUCAAGUCCCACACCCCACCUACCCCGGAGAAGCCCCACGGGGUGCCGAUUUUCGCCCUCCACGAAGCCGGGGCUUUUUAUAUUCCCCUGACGGUCGAGGCCGAGCUCCUCAGGCCCCACCUGACAUUUACUCCGGACACCGGGCCCGAAAUGGUUCUGCAUCCGGUGACGAUAUCGGUAAACUUCAACCACUCAGCUCCUCCGGCGUGGUCGCAUCACAGUCCGACGCAUCAGCAAACUUGAAGAGGUUACUUUUCCUCAUUUACAUUCUCUCGCAAUAUUGAAAAUAUUCGCAGUAGUGACUCCGAGACGAGAAUACUUGAUUGGCUGUUUCUUAUUUUUCCUUCUUCUUUUUUUUCCCCUCUCCGCCAUCCCCCUCCCCGCAGCCACCCUCGUUGCGCGAUACUUGCGAAAAAGAAUAUUGUAAUGUAUGUUGUAUAUAAUUGUUAUACGUGAAUUACAGCUGUGAAAAUUUUAUAGCUUAUAUUCUGUAGUGCGUGAACUAUAUUCGCCUCAGUAAAAUA